UACAUAUUGAUCGAGAGCAAAGAACAGUGGUAAUUCUAUCUGCAACACACUCUCGUAGCUCUGGAAAAACUACACGCACUUCAAUAUUAGCCGGCCGACCCUUGUAAUAAGACAACACAGCUUCACAGUCUUAGUGGGGUUAUAAUUCACAACAUGGCUCCUAGCUGGGUAAUACCGGUUGCUUGUCUUAGUGCAAUUUGUGGUGUUGCGUUUGUCUUUAUUUGGUGGUGGUUUCCACGAAUGUGGAAAAGGGGCACACAACAAGAGAUGGAGCUUCUUGCUCGAGAGCGAGCGGAGCGAGAGCGAUACAUGCAGCAAAGGAAUCUAGAAGCAGGCAUCACUCCCCAAGAAAAAGAAGCCCCCGUUGCGUCAGCACAAGAGAAAGAAGCUGCUGAUGUAUUGACGCAAGGAAAAGACUCCUCUCCCACAUCCGCACAAGAAAAACAGGCACCUGCUGCUUCAUCACCAGAAUAAGAUCACUGAGAGUCAAAGGAAUGCAAUAGAAGUGGGGCAGUAUUUAUAGGGAUAAUUUUUCGUGGUCAGGAUAACUGACAUAGCUAUCAAUGACGACUAGAGAUGAGACUACUACAAGGCACCAGCAGACUAAUAAAUUAAUACUACAC